CCCAUCUGUAUUGUGUUUUGCUUUUCUCUUAACAAACUACAGAGUUUGUUCUCUAACCUAUAUUGACAUUUUUAAUGAUUUUAGUGGAACGUUUGUUAGCCAGCUAUAGUAAGCUACCCUAGCAAACUUGAGGAUUGCGGACGGCGGGUUAGUGUUUUGGAAACCCCAUUGUCAUAAAAAAGUGUGCUAUUUUGACAUGGCAGGUUUAACACUUCAGAACACUUGCAUGCAAGGCUUUGUUGAUGGAGACAUCCUGGACCCCAAAUUUCAGCAGCGACUUGAAGAUGCACGCACCACGCUCAGGCAGGAGAUCCAGCGCGAGCUGAAGAUCAAGGAGGCAGCAGAGAGGCUUCGACGUGCUGUCACUAACCGCAAGAGUGCUGCUGAUGUAGAAGGCCAGCUGAGAGCAUCAAACCGCAAGUUGGAGCACUUACACUGGGAGUUGCAAGAACUCACUGCCCGUGCCAUGGCCACAGAAAAGGACAGAAAUGCAGUAGAGGACACCACAUCACCUGACCCAUGUUGUUGGGAGGAACCCAUGUCACCAUUGGCUAAUCGUGUCAUCACAUUGAAAAAACAGUUGACCAUGGAGACCAAAGUUAAACAGGGGGCUGAGAACAUCAUUCAGACCUACGCCAGCAGCUCCGUAAAGGACCGUAAAUUGGUUUUUACAGCCCAGCAAAUGUUACAAGACAGUCGGACUAAGAUUGAGUUGCUCCGCAUGCAAAUUGUCAAAGUUAACCAGACUAGAAAUGGGGAUAGAGAUGCCACAGAUAUGGAUGGUCGAAAGCCAGAUGCUAUUGGUCUUCUCGAACUAAGAGUGGCAGAACUCAGGCACCACCUAAAGAUUGAGGCAGCUGUGGCUGAGGGUGCCAAGAAUGUGGUGAAGCAACUGGGGGGACUCAAGGUGCUGGAUCACCGGGGAUUAGCAGAGGCCCGGGCACGAUUUCAAGAAUCCUCUCAGAAGAUUGACCUGCUGCAUCUGUCUUUGGAACGGCGAUUGAAUGAGCUUCCCCAAGACCAUCCCCAACGUGCUGCUAUAAAGGACGAACUCACUCAGGGGUCAACACCCUCCAUGGGUUUGCAGAAAGGAAGCUUAAACUCCAGUACUACUUCAGUUUCUUCUUCUGGCUCUUCUAAGUUCUUUAAACCCGUCAGCCUUACAGGGAGACUUGAGGUACGUAUUAUGGGCUGUCAGGACCUGUUGGAAUCUAUUCCCAGCCGCUGUCACAUGACCAGCAUCCAAACAACCCCUGAAAGCCCCUCAGAGGCUAAGUCCUUGAAGCUGAGAGCUGGCCUUUAUGGUCGAGGCACCAAUGGCAAAGCCUCUAAAACUGACGAACUCUCCUCUGAGAUCAGCGCUGUGCUGAAGUUGGACAAUAGAAUGGUCGGUAGCACCAACUGGAGAUCCCUCAGCAAAGAUGCCUGGAACCAGAGCUUCAGCAUUGAACUUGAGCGAUCCAGAGAGCUGGACAUUGGUGUGUACUGGCGGGAUUGGAGGAACCUGUGUGCAAUCCAGUUCCUUCGUCUGGAGGACUUUCUGGAUAACCAGCGCCAUAGCCUGUGUCUGAACCUUGAGCCCCAAGGCAUGCUGUUCACAGAGGUCACCUUUAUCAAACCUGUCAUAGAGCGGCUCACCAAACUGCAGAGACAGAAGCGCAUUUUUCCGAAAGAAAAAGGGAAACAUUUUUUACGGGCAGCCCAGAUGAACAUGAACUUUGCUACAUGGGGUCGUCUGAUGAUGAGCAUCCUGCCCCCCUGUGGCUCCCUGGCAGCCAUGGGCCUGGAUGUUAUCUCUCCCCCCAUAACUGAGAGAACUGUGUCCACCCCUAAUCUUCAAGGAGAUGCUGCUGUGAUGAAACUCGACUUUAGUGAAGACCGUCCUGCUAAAGCCCCACGUCACACACUGGAAAAAACUCCUGCACCACAAAUCUCUCCCUCUGUGCCUUUUAUAGAUGGCGCAUCUGAAUACCAUGCACCCAUAGAAAAGACCAUAUACCAUCCCUCUCCUAAGAAAAAAGGAUUGCAGAUGGACGAUUUCAAUUGCAUCUCCGUUCUGGGAAGAGGACACUUUGGAAAGGUCCUGCUGGCACAGUAUAAGAAGUCUGGGCAAAUAUUCGCCAUAAAAGCACUGAAGAAAGGUGAUGUGGUGACACGUGAUGAAGUGGAAAGUCUUAUGUGUGAGAAGAGGAUUUUUGAGACAAUCAACCAAUCAGACCAUCCCUUCCUGGUGAAUCUGCAUGGCAGCUUCCAGACGGUGGAACACUUUUGCUUUGUCAUGGACUAUUCACCUGGUGGCGACCUAAUGACUCACAUACAUGCAAACAUCUUCACUGAGAAACAGACCCGGUUCUAUGCUUCCUGUGUGCUUCUCGGACUGGAGUUUCUUCAUCAGAACAAAAUAGUUUACCGUGAUAUGAAGCUUGACAACCUGCUAAUGGAUGCAGAUGGCUUUGUAAAAAUAGCAGACUUUGGGUUGUGCAAAGAAGGUAUGGGCCACGGGGAUUACACUUCCACCUUCUGUGGCACACCUGAGUUUCUAGCUCCGGAGGUGUUGACAGAAAAUAACUACACACGCUCUGUGGACUGGUGGGGUCUGGGAGUGCUCAUUUAUGAAAUGCUGGUGGGGGAGUCUCCUUUUCCUGGUGAUGACGAAGAGGAGGUGUUUGACAGCAUUGUGAAUGAUGAAGUUCGCUAUCCUAGAUUCCUAUCACCUGAAUCUGUGUCCGUCAUCCAAAAGCUGCUACAAAAGAACCCUGAGAGAAGACUAGGAGCAGGAGAGCAGGAUUCUAACGAGGUCAAGAGACACAGGUUCUUCCAGGGUGUUGUCUGGGAGGCUUUACUAGCCAAAAAGGUGAAACCUCCAUUCAUACCCUCGAUUAAAGCACCAACAGAUGUCAGUAACUUUGACAAGGAGUUCACAUCUCUCAGACCUGUACUUACCCCUCCCCAAACACCUUACCUCCUAACUGCCAAGCAAAAGGAUAUAUUUGCUGAUUUUGACUUCUGCUCAAAGCAUUUAGUGUAAAGCUAUUUGGAAUGGUUUCCCUUGGCAACAUAACCACUGUUGCUCUAUUGUUUUGCCCCUAUCUUUGCAAACUCAAGCCCCUGUGUACACAUUCAUUGGCAUCCUACACUCACUGCCUACAACAUCUGUGCAUACUAAUGAGACAUUAGUCUGUUACUUUUACUUUGAAAACCACUGUUCUUAGCUAAAUUGAUUUCUUGUUCUUCUGUUAACUACAGUAGAUGGUUUUGUUUUGUCUCUUCCUUGUUCAAAUGUUUGUUAUUGAUUUGUGUUGUUAAGAAUGAGAAGCUUUGUUUUAUUACA